AUGUCACCCACAUUUACGUUAUCAGAGGUUGAUGCACAUUCAUCGAACAAAGACCUUUACUUGAUCGUCCAUGGCAAGGUGCACAACGUCACGGACUUUAUCGAUCAGCAUCCUGGUGGCCGAGAAAAGCUUUUGGAGACCGGCGGAAGUGAUGUUACGGAGCUUUUUGAGAAUGCCGCACACAGUGAAGACGCUCGAAGUCUUUUGAGCGAAAUGUAUAUUGGCGACCUCCUCCCAGAGGAAAACUCAAAACCAGCCAGGAAAUCUGUCGAGAGGAGACUUCCCACCAACGCGGAUGGCAUUCCGUCAGUCUGGUUGUACACGAUUUGCGUCGUUGUUCUCCUCAUCGCGCUGGCCGUCUAUCAAAAGUCUGAACUUUUACCCUAG